UAGGUUAAAUAAUUUUGGUACACAGAAGGGAAACAAUUCCAAUCAUCAAAAUAAAAUUGCCUAUGAUAUUACAAUUUUCGAUUAUCUAGGCGACAACAGAAAAGUGACAUAACCCCAAAUGUCAAGAAUUUCUGAAGCAUUUGUUGUCGACUCUAAAUAUUCUAUUUAUAAUUGCGGAUGUACGGCAAAUCUAUUUAUAAGUCUCAAUCUAGUUUGAAAUGAAUAGAUCUCUCCAUGGUUGGAAAGAGUUUAGUUGUCGACAUUUAGUGGAAGAUAUAAGUCAAUAUAUUGGUAAUUUUAUUUCAAGUUUAACGCGAUAUUUAAUAGACACAGUGGAGCAUUUAAUAUUAGCCUGUAUUUUAUACAUAAUAGUAUGUAUAACUCUAUAUAUCUUCAUGGUAAAAAGGAAAUAUAUUACCUUCAACCGAGAAACAAGAAAUGCAAAAAGGGUCCUAUUUGUUAUUGCACAUCCUGAUGAUGAAUGCAUGUUUUUUGGCCCUACAAUUCUUACCUACACAAGAAAGAAGAACUGUCAAGUGUAUCUCAUGUGUUUAACAACUGGUCAAAACUAUGGUAUGGGUUCAACGAGGAAAAAAGAAUUAUACAAUUCUUGUAAAAUAUUGGGUAUACCAAUGGGUAACAUUUUUAUUCACAGCCAUACCAACCUUCCUGAUACUAUGGAUGUUCGAUGGCCAACAGAAUUGAUUUCUCACAUUAUUUCCUAUCAAGUAGAUACACUAAAUAUAACGACUUUAAUAACAUUUGACCGAUAUGGUGUAUCACGUCACUGUAAUCAUUGCUGCAUAUAUUAUGGCGUCGCAAAUCUUAUUCUAGACAGAAAAUUGCCAAAAUAUUGUGGGGUAUACGUCCUUGAAUCCAUUAAUACUUUAAGGAAAUAUUGGUUAUUAUUGGACAUCCCAGUAUCACUUUUUCUAUCAAGAUUCAGGUUUAUGCAUAGCUUUGAAGACAGAAAAAUCAUACACAAGGCUAUGAGGGAGCAUCAGUCGCAACUUGUAUGGUUUCGCCGUUUAUAUAUGCAUUUUUCGAGGUACAUGCUGAUAAACACAUUGCAGCAAAUGAAUUUAGUUGAUAUAGAGCUAGAUCUAGUUAUAGACGAUUAGAUGUUAUUUCUUUAAGGAAUUUAAUUUAUACAGUUUAACAUCACAUUAUCUUAAUUCGUUAUUUUUAUACAAAGACUAUCGACUAUCGAACACGGGCUCCUGCGUAAUGUGAUGUUAAAUGACACAAAUAUGUGACAAAUUGUAAAUAAUGUAAAAAAAAAUCUUUCACGUUUUUACUAACUUUAUAUAUAUGUAUGUUGAAUCUACCUCUCGUUACUGUUUCUAUAAAGUUAUUUUUCAAUGUGCCAAAGGUAGCUGUUUUCAGUUAAUAAACGCGUUUUAUAGAUUUUUAAGGCAAAUGGUUAAAAAUCAAAAAUGUAAAUAUUAACAAAAUUGUACAUAAUUGUUUUCAUUUAACAAAAAAAAAAAUUGUACAUCAUGUAUAUAAUAGUUGUUCUAAAUGCUAAUAUUUGGAUGCACCUAUAUGAGCAUUCUAUACAGAAGACACAAAAUGUUUGGAAUUAAUUAUUUUUGUUAAAAACUAAAAAUUUAUUGGGAUGUUGAAUAAGUUCUCGAUAUUUUCUCAUGAAAAUUAAUGCUUUAUUUAAAAAAAAAAUAGUAAAAAAACAUGUCACUUAAAAUAUUGUCCAUUGCUAGCUACUAUUUUUUGCCGUCUUUCUAGCACGAAUUUAAUUUCUUGUCGAAAAAACGACACAUCCUUUGAAGCUAUCCAAGAGUCGACCCAUUUUUUGACAUCUUCAUAAGUGCUGCUCACCCAGGCUAUGUACCAGAGCUAAUCAGAAGGAACAAUGUCUGGGGAAUAUAGCGGGUAGGGUAAGACUUCCCAUUUAAGUGUUUCCAAAUAGGUUUUCAUCGGUACCGCAACUUGUGGUAGAGCAUAGUCAUGCUUCAAAAUCAUUUUGUCAUGUCUAUGCUCGUAUAGCAGCGAUAACUUAUUCAAAGUCCCCAUAGAAUUGAAAAGCAUGUAAAAAUUUACAUUUAAAUGUUCAGUAAAACAGAAAAAUUUGAAUUGCAUAAUUUUAGGGCUGUUUUUAGAGACAAUUUAAAAGUGCUGGAGUCACUAGAGAAUUUUUCAUUUUUUUUUUAUGGAAAGAAAAAUUAAAAUGUAAAGCAAUUUAUCUUUUCUAUAUUUUCAAUCAAAAUCAUAUGUAGUUGAUAUGAUAAAAUCAGUAGGAAUUAAAGUUUUAACUCUUGAUUUUAUUCAAUUAAUUCAAAAAAUGACAUUUGCAUUCUAUGCUAUACCUACACAGGGUGUAACCAAAAUACUCAGCCAAGUUUUAAUGACAGAUUCUACAUCUCAAUAAAGUUAACAUAAACGUGUCUGCAAUAGUUUACUUCGAAAUACAGGGUGUUAAAAAUAAUGGAAAAUGUUUUUUUAACAACCUUUAUUUAAAAAACUAACAGAUUCAUGCUGAUUUUUUAGUUAAUUUCUAGAAUCUACCUUUAAAAUUUCUCCAAAUAUUUUAGUUGCCUUCUGCAUAUUAUAUCUCUAGCUAGAAUUACUUCAACAAAAAUGACAAUAUGUAUUAUGGCAGUAGUGAUAAAACCACGAAUUUAGAAAUUUACACUUCUGUAAUGUUAUAAUUCUCAAUUAGGUUAUUUGGACACCUAAAUAACUCUAUCUGACAUCAUUUAAUUUGACAUUCUAAGGCCCGAUACAUCGAGUCUCGGUUAAGGCUCGAUUAACUAAUCAGGCGAUGAGACUGUGAUUAUACUUGAUUAGUUAAUCAAUCUUUAACCGAUACUCAAAGUACUGGGCCUAAAUUAAGUAAAGUUGAUUUGAAGCCCAAUUCAUUACUGGUCUAUAAUUCAAAAUGUUGCUAAUAUUAUCAAUAUUUAUUAUAAAUUUAACGCCCUAACGAUUAUGUUUCAAAUGCUUAGAUAUAUUGGUCACCUUAUAUAAAUUUUGAAAGUAAACAAUUUUUGUUUCACAUAAUAUAACGAAAAAUCAGUGGUACAGAAGCAGCUAGAGCAGUGUUUUGCAAUAUUUCAUCAUCAAAAUUCUCCAACUAAAAUUUAAAAAAGUUCACGAGUCCACAAACACUGUUUUUUUAGAUAAAUGGUAUGAAGUUUCAUUAUUUGUUUAGUUAUUUCUUUUUUAAGAUAAUCUAUUAAAUUCUACAGAUUCAACAUUUUUCGAUGUCAACGGAAUGUAUAAAUUACUAUUUAAAGUGAUCUUUUCAUCAUGUACCUACUUUGUUAAUUUCAUGGAUUUUUUUAUCUUUGUCUUUAAUUGGAUAGUAUUAAUGAAAAUGUAACCAUGGAUUGGAAAAUGCUUAGUUUCCAAGGUACAAAGUUUCAAAUUGUAACCUGUUCAAGAACUGACUUAGAAUAUAUUCAAAAUAUUUGAAAAUAAAUAAAUGAAAAUUUACCCCAGUACCUAUUUGACUUUUUACCCUUUAUGGCGAAAUUGAGAGCUUAAGUCAAAUCUUGCCUCAUUUUUUUUGACAUUUUCAUUUAUUUUAUUUAAUACUAAAACUUGUGAAAUUGGAUUUUUUUAAAUAAAAAUCAUCAAGAAAAAUAUAGCAAUAUUUUACUCAAGCACUCCAGUUUUACUCACCAAUGGUUUUGUCUAGUUCAUAGUAGUUACCAUUUUUUCUUAUAAACGAUAAAAAGUGAAAUACCUGUGUAAAUUUUGUUUAUCUUAAGGCAUUUUAAAUUUAUUCAAAAAUAUGUUUUUAGGAAUUUCAAUUAUACUCUUAGAAUUUAGCCAAUUAUUCCACAUAUUUUUCCAAAAAUAUGUCUUCAAUUUUGGCCGAUUUCCUUCUAAACUAUUUUUUGAUAGUAGAUAGUGAAUUUUAUAAUAGAAUUGAUUUGUUGAUUUCAUAUUAUUGAUUUUAAUGUAGAAGCUUUAAAAAAUAAUACAUAUCCUAUACCUACUUAUCUUAAAAUGUUCAUACAGUGUGGCACACAAGAUUGAAGGUUAUACAUACUUACUAAACCAAUUAUGAUGAUUCAGUUUGAAAUUUUGGAAAACAACUAGCAUUUUCUAUUGAAAAUAUGUCUACAAGCCUUAAUCAAAAUCAUUUAAAACCCUUAUAGCUCAAAUUCAUUAAUUUAUAAUGCGAAGUAACAAUUUCAUAGAAACAAGUUCUAAAUUUAUGCAAUUUCCGUUUCAAUCUCAAAAUUUAGGCUUUGAAAAUGCCUGAAGAUGGAAAAUUAAUCAAUUAAUCAAUCUGUUUAUAAUGGUUCAUAAAUAAUAGUCGGGACAUUUCACAGUUUUGAAUCUAUAAGCCUCUAUUAUUUGCCAAUUAAUUAAUAAAUAAAUGUGUCAGUAAUUAGCUUUUUUAAACAUUUGUAAUGCCUUCUAAAUUUUUGAAAUAGAAACAAAAAAAAAUUUAAAUUUGUAAUAAAAAAUUAUUUUGCAUUAUAAAUCGACCAAAUUUAAUAUAUAGCGAUUUUAAGUGAAGCCGGUUAAGAAUACAUAGUCAGAUUUUUAAUUAAAAAACUAUAAUGAUUUCCACAAAAAUCACAGCAAGCCGUGAAUUAUUAACUGGACCAUCGUUAUUAGUUGAGCAAGUAUAUCGAAAACGCUCACAAUAUAUUUAAAUGAAAAAAAAUAGAAAAUAGAAAAAAAUUUCGAAGGGUUUUUAGUGGGCGACACUUUUUUCUUAAUUUUUCGAUAGACCUGCACAAUUUUGUGGGUGAAAUAUUGCAACACCCUGUAUAUUAUAAAAAAAUAGUGUAAAUUCACCUUACCAAUUUCAUAGUUGACUUGUAAUAGGUUGUUAGUGAUGACGUCACAAUGGCGGCAAGCAGAUUUUCUACAUAACCACAUUUCUGCACUAGCUUUUUCUUGAUUUUUUGAAUGAUUAUUUAUUUUUUAAAAGUGAACGAUUCACGAGUAAGGCUUAAUUUCGUGUACAUUAAACCGCAAUAUUAUAAUUCGUUAUUAUCCCUACAGCUAUUUUAAAUCUGUACACCAAUGUCACAUCACUUAUCAAGUUGUCAUGUACUAAUGCCCUACUAUGGAACAACUACCUAAAAUUAAAUCAUAAUAGACAUGUUAUGAUAUGAAUAUUAUGAAUCUAUAACAUUGUAACAUGCCCAUUAUGGUUCCACCAAACUUUCAACGAUCAUUGUAAAAAUCCAUUCGUCUUAAGCUAUGCAACUCUUAAAAUAUGUUUUUAUAUGUCUAAUAAAAUAUCUUUGAACUU